CAGGGUUGGAAGUCAACCUCACAGGAACAUCCUCCUGUCAGAGACAUAAAAACACUGAGGUCACAAAUCCCUCUAGUCAUUCUUUCAACAGUUUAAGAAUGAAAUCCUUUCAUGCAGCGGACUGGUGAGGCUGACUGGUGAGGCUGACUGAUUUCAUUCUUCAGAAAAAAAGGAAGAAAGUGAAAAGAGGAAGGGGCAAAUUUCCUGAAUCUUGAAACUUUCCUUGGUGUGGUCAUACAGAUAUUUUUCUACUUAAUCAACCACCAAACCCACAACUUUUAAUAGCAGCAUCUAAAAAUAAUAAUAUAUUUAGUCUCUUCCCAAAAUCUAUUUUUGUUAGAAAAGAAAUUAUAACAUAAAUUUAGAAUUUAAUUUGCCAAAAUGCUAUCAAAACAAAAUGAAUCCACAAUAUUGAACUUCACAACCCCGACUCCUGGUAGAGGCGGCGGCUGCCCACCAGUUGGUAUACAACUGGAGGGUGUGAUCCUGCCCCCAGUUCUCACCAUUGACGUCAUACUGGGGCUGCUAGGAAACAUAGUUGCCCUGUGGAUCUUCUGCUUUAAACUGAAGGCCUGGAAUCCCAACAACUUAUUCCUCUUCAACCUGGUCAUUGCUGACUUCCUGGCUCUGGUGAGUCUGCCACUGAGGAUCGAUGCCUUGCUCAGGGGCCACUGGGUGUUUGGAGAUGGCAUGUGCCGGAUCAACCUCUUCCUAAUGUUUUCCAACCGCUCAGCCAGCAUCGCACUCAUGACUGUGGUGGCAAUUUACCGCUACUUCAAGGUAGUUCACCCUCACCACAGGUUCAACCGAAUGACCAGUAAGCAGGCUUUGUUUGUGUCACUGGUUGUCUGGCUAUUGGUGAUCAGUCCUCGGGUUCCCAUGCUGGCUUACAACCACAUCAAGUUCAGCGGCAACAACACCCAGUGCUUCUUCUUCACUUCUUACAAAGAGGCGUCGCGGGCCAUCAUCAUCCUGGUCGGCAUGCACCAGAUCCUGACGGUGCUUGAGUUCAUCAUCCCGAUGGCCAUGCUGCUGUUCUGCUCCAUCCGGAUCUCCAGCUUCCUGAAGCAGCGCACGAUGGGAAAAGCAGACAAGGUGCGAAAGGCGAUGCAAGUGUGUGUCGUCAUCGUCGUAGUGUUCAUGGUGUGCUUCCUACCCACCACAGUGACAACCAUCGGGGUGUGGGUCAUCCGCUCGUACCGUCCGUGGGACUGCUCAUCCUUCUAUACUUUCACCCAGCUCACCAUCGUGUCUUUGGGGCUGAACUUCCUAAAUUCGGCCAUGGACCCCAUCGUCUACGUCUUCUCCAGUUCCAUGUUCAGGAAGGCCCUUUGCACCUCGCUACCCCGUGCCCUUCGCUGCGGACAUGAUGCCGAUGAUGGCGAGAACACGACAUCCUCAUCUGGAAGUCAGUCGACCACCCAGCAGGAGCUCAAAUCCCUGAGGACAGAGAGAGGAAGUGAAGCCACAUAAUAAGCUCUUUCUUGAUUAUAAUGACCUGAUCCAGCAACGCUGUCUGAUCCUGUUUUUACCUUUUUUUUGUAGUAUAUUGAGUUAAGUCUCUGUUUUGUGUUUGUUGGUUUAUGCUGUUUUUUACAUCUGUGAUGUGUGUAAACACAGUACAUUUUCAAUGAUUAUAAUAAUGAAAUAAAAAAACUCAGUUAAGCCAAUAACUCAAACCUAUGUGGUUUAACAAAUUGAAGUCGGGGAUUUUAAUUAUAUUUCUUAGUUGACCCCCUAAAAUUUCCUGUCAAGUUGAGAAAAAUGUCUUAAAGUGUACCCAAACUC